AAUGGCGGAGAAUGGGGCGGCGGAGGCAGACUGUUGGAGAAAGCUGAGUGAAGGGUUCCUGCCUUAAGUGCAAAGGGAGAAGAGGAAUGGGCCAGCAUUAUCUUUACAGCAUGGAUUGAGACCCUGUGUGCUUCAUAGACACUCAGUGAUUUCCUACAAUGAUGACCAAAUAUCUUGAUGUAACUGUUAUGGAAAAUAAAAGCAAGAAGCUAUCAAAUAAAAAUGGUUCAAGCACUAUGGUGCGAAGCACAGCUGCAGCUAAGGAACUACACCAACGAUAUAAAGACUUGCUGGAACCUCUAAGUCUCUUCCCAGCAGCUCCUACUGAAGAAAACCCUCCAGUGUUUCAGCUAAAGCGUCCAGUAACUCCUAUUGAUCAAAAUGUUCGGUCAGCCCCAGCCACUCUUACUGAACUCUGUCAAUUAAUUCAAAGAAGGAUUGCUGCAAAAUCAGAAGUUUCAUCAGUUUCUUUAGCAACACAACAAGCGCUGGGAGGAAUGAUUUUAGCAGAUGUAAAGAUGCUUUGGGAGGAGGUUUUGCACCAUUCUGAUGACAUUACUUUGACAAACCUGGAAAACAAAGAACUCAGCCGACGAAUUACUACACACAUCAUCACAGUCUGUGAACAGUUAUUCCUUCACUAUCUUCGAAUGGUGGAUGUAGUAAGACAGCGCUCCAUAUUCACUGAUGAAGCUAAUCUUAGUAGACUAAAGGCUCAGCUUACUGUUGACUGCACAAAAUAUUUGAAUUUAUCAGCUAUAAAGCGUUGGAUAUCUAGAGAAAUCAAGGCUUCACGCAAAUCGACAGAUCGUGUUGAUGAAGAAUCUGAAAUUGAAUAUUUAAAAAGAUAUAAACAUAUGGUUAGAAAAUCAAUGUCUCCUGAAGCCAACUUUUCAAUGAAGCAGCUUUUCAGCCUCAGCCGACCUAAGAAAACACCACCACCACGAGAACAAACUAUAGAAACAGAUCUUCAAGAAAUCAAUGAAAAUAUGCCAGAGCUGAACAAAGCACAAGUUUAUAAUAUGUUCCUUCAUCAAAUUGAAUCACCUGAUGAUCGUAGGCAAAUAGAAAUUGCUGCAGUACAAACCUCUACUCUUUCAAAGGAGCAAAGAGAACAACUAUUAAUAAAAUAUUCACAGCAAGAACAGCAUAUAAAUCCAAAGAGUUUGCAACCCAAUCCAAAUCUAAGAAUAGGAACAUUUUUUGCAGAGGAUCUUGGUACCAUUGGAUAUACUUCUGGUUUGCAGAGCUUCGAUAAAAUCCCAAAAUCUCAAACAAAUAAUCAAAAAUAUUCAUCAGUUGCUGAUGAUCUCCAGAAGCUGUUGGAGACUUCCACUCCAGACGGAGAAGACAGUGAUCCUGAAACAAGCCUUCCUCCACUGAUUCAAGCACUCACAUAUGAUCGGACUCAGGAAGUUAAAAAAUACACACGAGAGAAAAUACUGAUGGAACUUGAGGAGGAAGAGAAAAAACAGAAAGUAAAUCGGAGAAUACGACGAAAGGGAACAGAGCAUGCACAGCCUGCCACUGUCAACAUCAGGGUGUCGAAACAGAUGAUAGCACGAACAGCAGAUGUUCGAAUUUCAGACAGAAGGUUUAUUGACACAGUCUAUCUCCAGAUUUUUCCUACUGUAUACAAUCAUAUUGAGAGAGAGGUGGACUCAGAAAUGAUGAAAGAACUGGACAGUGGAUUAUCCCUUGGGGAAGAACUCCAAGAGAUUUAUAAGGAGCUUUUGAAUACUAUUCCAGAAGACUAUCUGUUAUUUGACCGAGAUCCAAUGAUAACUUCUCCAGCAAUGGAUGUACAUCCUUUCAAGUGUUUUGCAUCCUCCAUUUUGUCCAAGAAGAAAGAGGAGCGUGCCAUUAAUCCUGAACUGAAAUUAUUGAAAUCUGAGUUUGGGACUGAAAGGUAUUUAUUAAUAAAGCAGGAAGCUGAAAGUGCUGCAUCUAAAUUUAAGGAUGAAUCCGGAAAUCUUGUUUCAGUGUCAGAUUAUCUAAAUAACAUUUCUAUACAGGGCACGGACUACUUAAGAGUUGCCUUUCAUUUAUAUGACAGUGAGGAUGAAGGAGAUGAGGCAAUAAGUGCACUUCUUGCUCAAGAAGCAGAAUUGAAACAGAAGCAAGAAAUGGAAAUUGCAGAAAUUCGCCACCUAAAAGAGGAAUUUGUUACUGGAUCAUGGAAUAUUAACUCUGUAAUGCUUGGUGGCCUUGGAAAAGAACCACUGUCACAAGUUGCCAAGGUAAGGUUGUCCACUGCGAGGAAAAGGUAAUGACUUCUGCGUCAUAUCAUUUUAUGUCCUUUUAUAAUGUAGGUGGUCAUAUACUGGUGUGAGUAAAUAUCUUGCAGUAACAUUGAGUAAGAUGAACAUUAAUAUAUGUCAAUACACGUCAUAAUUACGACAAGCACAGAAUAUUGAUAAACUUUCUCAUUUCAGGAGAUGCCCAGUAAUAUAGCAGCAUGCAAGAAUUUCAAAUUGUUGUAAUUGAAGUCAUCAACAUUGUUCUCUUUACUGCUGGGGCUAUCUGUUUGCGUUCUCAUUUUCAUAAAUUGGAUGUCACAAGUGGAUCAAUUAGUCUGAUCAAAUUUUUUCUGAUGUGUGAAAAUGUAUAGCCAUCCCGAAGAAACUUCAAAUUAACCUGCUAAAUUAGCUGUAUGAAGAGAACAGAAUAGAAUGGAAUUUAGGUAAAUCUCAUGGGAUACGUAUUUAUUUUUCCCAUAGGGCUGCAAUUUGCUUCACUAAGCUUAGAAUGCUUGGGUACACGUUCUUAAAAAUCAAGGUUUAGAGAUGUGAGUUGAAAAGCGAUUGUUCACUUGCUGUAAUUAUAUUAGCAUCUCUGGAUGGGUUAAUUAGCAAAUGUCUGUCUGUACUAUCAGCUAGAUACACAGUUUCUCAAAGGUAUUCCGAACAUUCUGCGGAUAGGUCACUGGACCCGAAGCGUUACUCUGAUUUCCCUCCACAGAUACUGCCAGACCUGUUGAGCUUUUCAAACAAUUUCUGUUUUUGUUUUUGAUUCACCCAUCUGCAGUUCUCUUAGUUUUUAUUUGCUCAGAGUUAUUGUUUGCAUUCAGAUGUAAUUGCUAGAGAUAGUUACUAUGUAUAUUGUUGUUGCUGAUAAAUUUGGGCAUUGUUGUCUUUGAUUUUAUUAACAGUUAAUUUUAGGCAGCUCUGACUUUUUUAAGGUAAGGAACUGUAAAGUUUGAAAGAAUUUUGGUUAUACUUUGUAAUGGAGAAGAUUACUGAAGAGGUAGAUUUGUUUGACACUACACUCUGCAUUUGAUGCACUCUGGGAAUGCUAUUUCUCAGAGAGUUAAAAAGAAAUAACAUCAAAGCAGGCAUCAGACUUAACCAGUAUGUUUUGAUAUUUGUUUGCUCAGUGAGCAAUUGUCAUAACACCAUAACCCUGUUCAGAUCGGCAUAUCAUGUUAUAUGUCUAUAAAAUAAAAUCAAACCACACAGAAGGAUCUCUAAAGGACCUAUGUAUCUUCAAGGCUCUUUAAAGGAACCAUACAAUGGCUCCCCUGUCAUCUGUGUCUUCUGGUUACAGACCCUCUGUCGCUAGAAAGGUUGUCCUCAUUUAUUCAAUCAAAACCUUUCACAGUUUUGAAUGUUUCUAUCAAGUCUUUUCUUGACCUUCGUAGACAGAAGAAGAACAACUGCAACUUCUUCACUUUUCCACAUGACUGAAAUCCUUCAUCCCUGGUAUUAUUUGAGUAAAUCUCUGCUGCACCCUCUCCGCAGCCUUGACUUUCAUUUCAGCAUGUAGUGCAUGUAAUUUGGCACAGCAUCCCAGUCCAGGCUUGACCGUAUAAUGUUUUGACAUAACUUCCUUGCAAAAUGGAUUCCCCUAAUGAUGAAGUCAUCUACACUUUUAAAAACAUUCUUAACUUGACAUUCUUAACUCACCUCAAAAGCUGAGUGAGAAUUCUUCUCGCCGUGUGCUUUCCCAAUGUUGCAGAAUAUUGCUAGGUGUAGGUUUUAAGGGCUGUGAUCGCUGUCUGGUACUUAGAUAAAGUGGAUAUUUUCCAUGUGUGAGCCUACAUUGAUAGUUGUUAGCAAGCUGUGGCUUUAGAUGAAUGAAGACAAAUUCUGUGGAGCAAUUUCAUUCAACCUCCUAUUGCUUAAUAAAUGCUUCUUACCAAUACUAUGUUGCACCUCCCUUUAGUCUUUCAAAUAAUUUACAUUGCCUCUUUAAAAGCAGAAUAUUGUCUGCAAACAUUGUUUCUGGUUGAACUUCUAAAUCAUUAAUGAAACAAAAAGGUUCAGGACCAAAACCUGUGGUAUGCUUCACAGUGCUCCCAAUACUCCAUCCUACCUUUUGUUCCUCCACCUAUCCAGGUUUUCAUCCAAUUUUCCAUCAUUUUCUAAUUAUGCAUUUAAUUUUCAUCAGUGUAGCCUCCUGAGUGAAAAAUCAUGCAGUCAUAUUUGAUUCAAUUUUUUCUACCUAUUAUAUCUGUUAAAAGAGCAUUCAUCAAGUUUAUUAUAUAUGAUUUUCCUUUCUGAAAUCGUUUUAACUUUAUAAUUAUUUCCGAUUGUUUCUUCUUCACUCCAUAUAUAGUGACUUCACGUUGAGCCGUUGCCUUCUGAAUUUGCAAUCUCAACCACGUCACCAGUGAUUCCUCACAGGAAGGAAUAUCAGAAGAACCUGUCCUGUCCCAUUCAGUCCAGACUUUUGCCAAAGCCCCUGCAGCAAUGAAUGCUGUACAUCUCCUAUAAGAAAGCCAAAAAAAUUAUCAACUAAAUCACAGUACCAAAUGGCUCAGAAUGGGAUACAAUAGAUAAACCUAAGCUUUUGAAUGGAGAAUUUUUUGGUUUAUCUUAUAAAAAUGCUUCAAGUGUGUGUUUAAAACAAAAAUGACAACCUGUAAUGCAUGUUUUUAUUCCUUCCAAUUAUAGGACUAUGUACAGGUUCAGAAACGGCUUGGGAAGAAACCUUACCAAGAAGAUCUAGAGGAGAUCCAGAACAGACUGCAACGUAUUUGGACCACUCUGCACGUCCCUGAUUCGGAACGUCUUGAUAUGGCUAUUAAAUACAGUUCUUUUAAGCACAAAGUUCGUGUUUCGAAGGUUCUGGAGGCCUGGGAAGCUGCCGUGGAACUGAUUAAAGAAAGAGAGUGCAUUUUGAGUAAACUUGAACAAUUUGAGAGAUUUGCAUCAAACCCUAAUCGAUUUUUUGUGAAAGGAUACUGGGGUACUUCGAUCGCAAGACUAAGGGAGUCCAAAGAGAGGGAUAAGCUUUAUUCUGACAUGGCACAAAUUGAAACUCAAUUGUCAACAAUCCUAAAGAAAAUCAAAAACAAUUUUGAGGAUGUGGUUACCUUCAAGGGCCGGCCAUAUAUAGAGAAAAUGCAGCGGGACAAAGUGGAGAUGCUCUUCUGGCUACAGCAAGAGCGACGGAAAAGUUUACUUCACAGAAUCUCAGCCAAUAGACCUUUGCCACCUAAAUAUCCUUCCUUUGAAUUCUGCUCAUGCUCUUUAGCAGACUAAUGAAGGAUUUGUAUGUUUUGGAAGAGAUCCCUCCAACUAACUGCACUUCCCACACCCCAGUUCUGCUUUCCUGCAAAUACGUACAAAGGAAGGUUCAGGAAAAGAAUUAAUGUAAGGCCAAAACAACUGUUUUGCCCUAAUGUUGUUAUAUUCCAUAUUUCCCCCUUUUAUGGAUUUCUGAUGAGUAUUUUUAAGGGCUCAGUUUUCAUAUUUGGUGAUGCCAAUUAUUCUUUAACCAUCUUCUUACUUGUCUUGCUUUCUCCCUUUUUUGAAAAGCAUUUGUGAGGUUCACUAGCUACAGUGAUGCAGAUCUUCAUAAGUUCUGUUAAAUGGAAUAUUUAUUUUCCUCAUCCUGCAUAAUAAUGAUGUAUAUAUUUUUUUCUAAAGUGGUUUUAUUUUUAGAUGUGAUUCUCCUGGUUUAUAUUGAUGUGACCUUUUUCCAUACAUUCAGCUUUCUUUUUCAAAUUAUCCACCAUCACAAAGCUGUUUCAUAUCAAGCAUAUCUCUUGUUUUGAAUCUUUGUUUUUGCAUGAGGGUGCAGCUGGAUGCUACUGUGCUUCAUAAUGCUGAGAAUAUGCACAUAUUUUCAGAAAUGUGGCUACUUCAACUUCCACCCACCAACUUUGCAUGAUUUUAUUAUCGUCAGUGUGCUUGCAGUUAAACUGCAGCAGAGCUGCUUCUUUCUUGUUUUCAUGUCUCUUUGAAGUUCAGAACCUGGAUUUUUCAAGCGAAUGCUUUGAUUUUGCAACAUUUGAACUCAGUACCAAUUUUUUCAGGCACUUUAGAUGAAUAAUAGUAUUCCAAAGAUGUCAGUGCUGCCUCCUCUUCUGUGUAUCAUCCAUUGCAGUUCAAAAUGUACUGUUUUUCACAUACAUGUGUAGCCAUUACACAUUCACAUACACUGCAGCCAAGUGAAUAAAUGAGAAGAAAAUGCUUAUGAAUCAAUAUAACACAAUAGCAACAGGUAUGGAGUGAAAAUUGAAUAUGUAAAGUUUGUGACUUUAGACAUAGAUAAGCUUGAAUUUGCCUUGUUACGUGAAUCAAAAUGAACUGUUGUAAAUAUCUCAAAAUA